UAUAGAACGCUAGAGCUCGAGGAACGAGUAAGCCGGCGAACUUGCAGUCAAUAUGGGGAAACACAUUAUAGUUGUCCAUGGGUACUUGCUUAGCGGGACAGGAUCGAAUAUCUACUCCUGUAACCUGGCGAUGCAGUGGAAGAAACAGGGCCACGCAAUUACUGUGUUCUGCCAAGACCCGCAGGCAGGAACCUACGAAUGGGUGGAUGAGUUUUUUACAUCUGAGGCAUCCUGGCCAAAAGAUCCACCAGCCCCAGGCAAAGUGCGAGUCCUGGUCCCCGAUAUAGCCGGCCUGUUACCAGUGUACGUUUAUGAUGAGUACGAGGGCUACACCGUGAAGACCAUUCCCAAUUGUACGGACGAAGAGAUUGAACGACAUAUCAGCAUGACAUCCAAAGCCAUACGCAAAGCUGUGGAUAUGUGGGGAUGCGAUAAGGUGCUGACAAACCAUGCUCUGCUGUCCCCUGUCAAUGCAAAGAGAGCUUUAGAAGGAACGGGCAUUCCUUUUGAUAUAAAGAUCCACGGCAGUGCCCUCAUUUUUGUCGUCGAUCCACACCCACAGUAUAAGAAAUAUGCCAUUGAAGCCAUCAAAAAGUGUAACAGGAUCAUCGCAGGAACACGCCAUACUGUGUCCCAGGUAAUGGGAUCUUUUGCUCAGGAAAAAGAUGACCUUGACCUUGAGAAGAAGCUAGUCAUUGUGCCACCUGGAAUGGAUCCAACCGUUUUCUCCCUGUGUAAAAGCAUUGACAGCAAUAUUACCGCAUUUCUGGAAGUAAUAGGAAAACAUAUUGCAAAAGAAGGGAACGGGCGUCGCGCAGCAGACAUCCAAUUUCCAAAAAUCUCCAACUCUUCAGAAAACAUCCAUCAAAAGCUUGUCGACCUGGGAAAGUCCUAUAACCAGAGAGUAGUUGAUGCAGAUCUUCCAACACGGUUGCCGAAAUUUGCAGCUGAUGAGCCUGUGAUCACAUAUUUUGGAAAGUUUCUCAAUACAAAAGGAGUUGGGGAGAUUCUCCUCUCUUUUCCUGCUAUAGUGAAAGCAGUGCCAAAAGCUCGUCUGCUGUUGAUUGGUUUUGGAACUUUCAGGGAACAUCUGGAGGCCAUGAUCCAUGGUCUGACUACAGGUGACAUCACUUUGUUCAAGGCUGCAGCUCACAGUAAGGAUGAGAAUGGAAAAACAUUCCUGGAUUCUAAUAUAGAUAUUGACAAAUACUUCAGAAAACUUGAACCAUCUGAAGCCAGUCGUAUCAUCGUGACCGGAUGCCUGAACCACAGUGAACUCGGUCUGAUCCUGCCACUGGCCUCUAUUGGUGUGGUUGCCUCCAAGGCCAGUGAAGCGUUUGGAAUGGUGGCAGUGGAAGCCAUGUCUGCUGGAGUCUUGCCUCUCUGUGUGUACCACUCAGGGUUAAUUGACGUACUUGACCAGACCAAGGAGAAGGAACCCGAGCUGGAAGCUCUUAUGCAUCUGGAGGUAGAAAGUGGAGGCGACUUUGGUGUAGCAGCGGGAGCAAGUUUUAUGGAGGCAUUCAAGCCAAAGGUUAUGAAAGCCCUCGCUCACUUGUAUCCAGCCACAGAUGAGGGGAAGAAAAAAUUGUCCGUCUCAGAGAAAAUUAGGGCAGUUGCUGAGGCCAUUUGGUCCUGGGACGGUAUUUGUCAGCGUCUGGUGGAGCUGUGAGAACCUGAAACUGAUGAAAAAAUAACCUUCCACAAGAGUGGUAUCGCAACUGUGUUGAUUUUUUAAAAAGGAGGUGAUGUUGACAAAAUUUGAAGUUGUGGAUUGUGUCCAUCUUUAGUAUUUACUUAACAAUAAUAAGAUUAAUGAUUUUUUUCCCAAAAGUAAUUUGGUAGUGUUUCUUUCAAAAGUCAGUCCCAUUACUUUGAAUAAUUAACAUAUUUUGGUAAUUAUCUGAAAGUGCUUAUUCUUGUGAGAAAGUCAAGUAUUAAUUAAGGAAAAUUAAGGUAUUUGAAAAUUUUGAACAAGUAUUGCAUGAAUGGGUGUUACCUAAAACUAAAAUAAUUUUGCCGUCUUUGUGAUAUUUUAUCAAUAUCUCUUUUGAAUACUUAAAGAUGCAUACAAAGU